AUGGGAACGGUUGUUUCGGAAACCCAAACAGCGUUUGUAAAUAAUAGACAGAUUCUUGAUGGUAUUUUGAUUGCUAAUGAGGUGGUAGAUGAGGCUAGAAAGGCUAAGAAGGAAUUGAUGCUAUUUAAAGUUGACUUUGAGAAAGCUUAUGAUUCGGUUGAUUGGGGAUAUCUGGUUGCGGUUAUGAAAAAAAUGGAGUUCCCAGUGCUUUGGAGAAAGUGGAUAAAGGAAUGUGUGACAACGGCGACGGCUUCAAUUUUAGUUAAUGGUAGCCCUACAGAAGAGUUCCCUUUGCAACGGGGGUUACGUCAAGGAGACCCUCUUUCUCCGUUUCUGUUUUUGUUAGCUGCGGAGGGGAUGAAUGUGUUGAUGUCGUCUGUGGUGGGGAAUAAUCUGUUUACAGGAUACACGGUGGGCUCCUCUAAUCCAACCGUUGUGUCUCAUUUACAAUUUGCAGAUGACACUUAG